AGAAAUUCACACGGAAUUCGUACAUUUUCGGAUGUGAUUGGAGUACAUGUGAAAAUCAUUCGCUCGUCCCUCAUUGCUUCUCCCACGCAUAAAUUCCUUGGCUUCUGCUGGCUCACCUCCCUCCCUCUUUUCCUCUCCGACCUUCCAGCGCGGACGCCGAGCGCGUCGCCACGCCUUCCUCCUCCUCUCGUGCCUCUAGUGUCUUCUUGGUUUAUGAGGUGCUUGGAAUAGGAUGGCAUUGGUCACCACUGCUGAAGUUUGUGAUGCAAACCCCCAACUGAUUGGGAGCGGUGACCUUCGGGCACUUCAACCUAUUUUUCAGAUCUACGGACGUCGCCCAGUCUUCUCUGGGCCAGUGGUCACACUUAAGGUCUUUGAGGACAAUGUUUUGAUUCGUGAGUUUCUAGAAGAAAAGGGCAAUGGCAGAGUUCUUGUUGUUGAUGGUGGUGGGAGCUUACGAUGUGCUAUUCUUGGGGGAAAUCCUGUUGUUCAGGCUCAAAAUAAUGGUUGGGCUGGCAUAGUUGUGAAUGGCUGUGUCAGAGAUGUCGAUGAGAUCAACGGCUGCGAUAUUGGGGUGAGGGCUUUGGCUUCCCAUCCAGUGAAAGCCAAUAAGAAGGGUAUUGGUGAAAAGCACGUUUCCAUAACUGUUGCCGGAACAAGGAUCUGCGAUGGGGAAUGGCUUUAUGCCGACACUGAUGGAAUCCUGAUAUCCAGAACAGAACUUUCUGUUUAGUUCAAGCUAAGCACAAAUCACAGGAUGAUACACUGGCGGGAAUUUGUGACUUGGUUCAUGUUCUCAAUCGAAACAUCGAUGAAGCUUUGUUAGAUUGGACCUAUGGACAUUGAGCCAUCCUUUCCUGUCUCUCUGCGGUAUUUGAAUCCUGUGUAGAUAUUCCUGUCAACUGCCAUUGUAUCGUAUUGUGUCGUAUGCACUUUUAAAAUAAGUUUCUUUCCCAUUCUACGUGAUGAUUGAUAUUGAUGCACUUUUAAAAUAA